AGCGUUAUAGCUCAGCUCGUUUUGCACGCGCGCUCCAGUCACGGCGGCGCGCCGGCUGAACAUGGCGGACGUCGAGGGAGACGAGAUUCGUGGCGCUCCUGAUUCGUGUCCGGUAACGCUGCCCGCGGCGUCUCGAAACGGCUCCGGGGGUCAGACGGUAACGGCGGGACCACGCAUCGUUCGGAUUAUUAAGUCGGAGUCGGGCUACGGGUUUAACGUCCGCGGUCAGGUGAGCGAAGGCGGCCAGCUGCGCAGCAUUAACGGAGAGCUGUACGCGCCUCUGCAGCACGUCAGCGCCGUGUUACCCGGCGGAGCGGCGGACCGAGCCGGGAUAUCGAAAGGAGACAGAAUCCUCGAGGUGAAUGGCGUGAGUGUGGAGGGCGCUACACAUAAGCAAGUGGUGGAUCUGAUUCGAACAGGAGAGAAGGAGCUGGUGCUCGCUGUUCUGUCUGUGCCACCGCAGGAAGUAGAUGGUCUGGACUCUGGAGAGGACGGCUCAGCUUCACCUAAUUAUGACUACAGUGACAAGCAGGCUGUGCCCAUCUCCAUCCCCACGUACAAGCAUGUGGAGCAGCAUGGAGAAAGAUUUGUUGUAUAUAAUGUCUAUAUAUCUGGCAGACAGUUGUGCUCAAAGCGCUACCGGGAAUUUUCCAUUCUGCACCAGAACCUAAAGAGAGAGUUUGCAUCCUACUCGUUUCCCAAACUUCCAGGGAAAUGGCCUUUCUCUCUCUCUGACCAACAGUUGGACGCCCGUAGGAGAGGCCUGGAGGAAUACUUGGAGAAAGUGUGUUCAGUAAGGGUCAUUGGAGAGAGUGACAUCAUGCAAGAGUUCCUCUCUGAGUCAGAUGAGAACUAUAAUGGUGUAACCGAUGUGGAGUUGCGAAUAGCCCUGCCAGAUAAGACCACUGUUUCAGUUCGAGUGCGCAAAAACAGCACCACUGACCAAGUCUACCAGGCCCUAGUGAUGAAGGUUGGCAUGGACAGCAUCAUGGCCAGUUAUUUUGCCCUUUUUGAAGUGAUAAACCACUCCUUUGUCCGUAAGUUGGCCCCUAAUGAGUUCCCUCACAAGCUGUAUGUGCAGAACUACACGUCGGCAGUGCCAGGGACCUGUCUGGCCCUGCGCAAGUGGCUCUUCAGCAUAGAGGAGCAAGAGCUUCUACAGGAAAAUCCUCUAGCUCUGCAUUACUGCUUCCACCAGGCUCAGGAUGAUGUGAAGAAGGGAUUCAUCAAAGCAGAGGAUAAGUCCUAUCAGCUUCAGAAGCUAGCUGAGCAGAGAAAGAUGGCCACGUAUCUGAAUUUGCUACGCACAUGUGAGGGCUAUAAUGAAGUAGCAUUCCCCCACUGCUCAUGUGAUUCACGGAGGAGAGGUCAUGUGAUCGCUGCUGUCAGCAUUCACCACUUCAAACUUCACGCUUGCACUGAGGAUGGCACGCUAGAGAACCAGGUUAUAGCUUUCGAAUGGUCCGAGAUGCAGAGGUGGGACACGGACGAGGAGGGAAUGGCUUUCUGCUUUGAAUAUGUACGAGGGGAGAAAAAGCCUCGUUGGGUCAAAAUCUUCACUCCUUACUUUAACUACAUGCAUGAGUGCUUUGAGAGGAUUUUCUAUGAGCUCAACUGGAGGAAAGAGGUGGAAGAGGAGGCCUCAGACAAAGACAACAAGAGUUGCAAUGAGUACCUCCCUCCUUUGGAACAGCAGAAGGGAUGGCACCACCUAGGGAAAGAAAUCGCCACUUCUUAGGAAGACCUUUCUCUAGACACCAGCAGAAACUGACCUGGACCACCAUACUAGAACAAAAAAAAAAAAAAAUUACCACCAUGUUACCAGGGCAACAACCCAGGCUCUUUUGAGCUGCAGAGGGCUCUGUAGUCCUGCCACCAUCUCCUAGGCAACUGAGAAUUAUUUCCAGGGUAACACACAUUUAUAGCUAAAUAAGGGUUGUUUUGCUACAGAUGAACAGCUCAUAAAAGUAUUGUGGUCAUGACAUCAGUAGAUACAUCUCCUUAUAAAUUUACAUUAUGUGUAAUAUAAAUGCAAAAAAAUCUGCUAGCGGUCCUGGAAGUAGGCUCUCGUUUUCCCAUUGGCCGGCCACUACUGCAGCGCAAGACACCAUAAACUGAAGAAGAGCAUGUUGUCACCAUUCAUCAUCUUUGCAGAAUAGUUACCAUGAUUGUGUUCUGAGUCCCAAGGCCACUAUGUCUCAAGCCAGCAGAUUUGGAUUUGGACUAGUUCAGUAGAAAACGUUUUACCACAUUGAUUGAAAGCAGGUAAACUCAACUAGCUAAUAUGUAACUUGAGGUAACUAAAGUAGGUUUGAGGUUUGAACAUAAAGGUAGUUAAAGGUCAUUUUAAAAGGUGUUGCAUUACAUCACCAAAUUGCACUAACCCCAAGGCUUAAUCUUGAAUAAUGCUUGCAAAGGUGCUUGUUGGCUGGUAGCUUCUCCUUAUGAAGCAUGUGGUUAAGUUGAUCAACCCUGUUUUUCCGAUAGCAACUAAAGAGAUGCUGGGUAAGGGUAGUACUGGUUGGAGGCUUUAAGACUGAUGUAUGGGACUGAAUGUCUGACAGCUAAAUGCCUAUUCCAUACAUGUUUCUACUCGUAACUGGAGAUUUUGGAAAGCUGGCAAUAAAAACAAACUAGGACGUUGACUGACAGUUGUGCAGGAAUGGAAUAGGAUAUUGAGGUGCAGUGCUGUCGUCUUCCUAUAGGGGGCAGCAGUGCUACACACAUGAAAAUCUGUGUCAGCUAUAAUGUGAACUGUGUAAGGAUGGAGGGAGAAAGUUUGAACAAUUUUGCAUUGUAUUUAACUAAUUUUCAGCUCUUUACACAGAGCCAUUUUCUUUGUGUGUAUAUGCGUGUCUGUACAGGAGCAGACGAGUCUGCUUUGGGAGUCUGGGUUUUAUCCUUAUUGAGUAGUUAAAGAGAGAUCUUCCAGACUCUUCAGAGCAAUGGUUCCCUGGGGUUCAGUAAUUCACCGUGAGCAGAGAAGUGCAUGCAGUCAGUUAACUAUGUCAGGAGUGCAGCAAGAGACUGGGAGAAAAGGAGAAGGAUACUAUUCUAGAUGCAAGAGGCCUGUUUCAUUAAAGUCCUGUUGCUCUGUCGAUUUGCAUAGAAAACUAGAGGCAAUCUGAAUCUCUUAGAAAUUCAUAAGUAUUGAUAAGUAUUUCUCUCCUUCCUUCCCUCCUUCCCAGUGAAUGUGGGAGGCUGUGUGUUCAGUGUAUAAGUGGGUCAGUGUAUGUUUUUGCUCCAUAGUGCUUCCCUCUAACAAAAGAGAUAAAAUAGGAAUGAACCACCUCACCAUUCAAAUCCUACUUUAGCAAAUCUGAAAGACUCAUUAGCAGCCCAGUGCUAAUGCAGUUAAACCUGCUUUACCCGUGUGUGCACGUCUUCAUCCAUUAAUGUCCCACUGUCUGGCAGCGUAAUAUGUCAGCUUAGAUUCCAUACUAAACUGAAGUAGAUUUUUCAUUUAAAAAAUGGAAAUAAUAGGCAUAUAUUUUGCAUCGUGAAUGUAUUGUCUGUUGUAGCCACAGGUAUCGCUGGUUCUUUUGUGGUUAUUGUGCGUUUGUCGUAAUAUUAUCCAGCGCUACACAAAGUAGGCUAUAUUUUUCUGUGUUCAUCCAAAACAUCUAAAAAAAUAUAAACGUACCAGAAUGUAUUUGCAAUGCAAAUGGUUUCCUUUUCCCCAUAUGGAGUAGAAUUUUGCAGCUGAAAUUUGACUUACAAAUACAAAAGGUCCACAGCAGGCUGAUAGAGAACUUGUAAUUAUGAAAUUUAAAACUAAGUUUCUAAUUUUUAGAUCAUAUUUAUAUACAAAUAUUUUUUUGUUUUGUUUUGCUCUGUUUUAUUCCUCCCCUGCAUGACAUGUUAGAGGGUUUUGUCAGGUGAUGAGCUGGUCUGAAAAUGCAUUUGUCUUUGUGUGUUUUUCUUUGGUGUAUUGCUUAUGUGUCCUUUUGACAAAGCAUUCACUGUAGCCUUUGACUGAAAUUAUUAAUUUAUUAUUUUCCUGCUUAAUCAACAUUAAUUAAGCCUAUUUGUGAUAGGCAAUUGAACCGAGGCUCUUUUAGGGCUUGAAUGGGAAGGGAUUUAAUUUAUAAGUGGAAAUGGAGAAACAGUGAUGCUUUAUUUCAUAUAGCUUCAUAAAAAAAAUAACAAUCACCAUUGGUAAAUGAUAGUUUUAUAUCUAAAAUGUAUGAUUUCACUAACCAGUAAAAAGUUAUAAAAGCUUGGUUUGGAAAAAUGCCAUGUAGAAUAAAACAUUAACAUAAUUUUAAAUAAAACUGUCUCUUGAAA